AUGAAUGAUAGUGGUUUAUUGAGAUUUUCAUUUUUAAAUUUCUAUAAAUCAAACUUCGAUGAAAAUACACUUGAUGAUGAUGUUUUAGCUGAACGUCAUCGAAUUUUAAAUUUAAAUCAUUUACAAAAAACUGAAAAUACUAUGUUAGCUGUUAAUCAUUUCAUAUUUGGAGCAAAACGUGAUGAAGCAUUUGGUUUACUUGGUUAUAAUGGUGCUGGUAAAACAACAACAUUUCGAAUAAUUGUUGGUGAUGAAAUAGCAACACACGGGACUGGUUAUAUUGAUGGAUAA